UGUGAAUCAUGCUCUUAACAAUGAUCAAUAAAGCUUUAAUACUGUACUGGGAGGAUGAUAAUGAAACACUGGAGUGUGCUGUUCUGAGAAAACUAAAAGGAUCAUAUUAAUCAAAUGUAAAAACAAAAGUACAUCCACUUUCUAGAUUCAUCAAUUCAUACUAAUCAAUAAAUGAACUCCAUCAGUUGAUCUGCUUCAUUCAUGUCCUUUGGGAUGAUGUUAAUGAUGUUUUAAUGAGGUUUUAACUGAGACUUCACUGUAACUGAGGAAACAGUUUUAAUUCACAGUGCUGCUCCUCGUCCUGAUAACCAUCCCUGCCCCUUUAAACACAACAAGCUCCACUUCCUGGUUCCCUCCCCUUCAGAUCUACAGUUUGCAGAUGGGUGUAACCAAAAUGUGAUGCAGUAUAAGAGCUGCAGGCUGCAUUCACUGCAGAAACACAUGUUGUUCAGAUCAGAGCCCAAACCUAUUUCACUUCUCAGGAAGUGAAACUCAGACAGUCGUUGCUACUGAGAGCAGACAUGGCGCAGAAAGGAGUCCAGCUGGACCAAGAAACCUUCUCUUGUUCGAUCUGUCUGGAUCUACUGAAGGAUCCGGUGACUAUUCCCUGUGGACACAGCUACUGCAUGGGCUGUAUUAAAAGCUUCUGGGAUGGAGAGGAUCAGAAGAAGAUCUACAGCUGCCCUCAGUGCAAACACACCUGCACACCGAGGCCUGUCCUGGUGAAAAGCACCAUGUUAGCAGCUUUAGUGGAGCAGCUGAAGAAGACUGGACUCCAAGCUGCUCCUGCUGAUCACUGCUAUGCUGGACCUGAAGAUGUGGCCUGUGAUGUCUGCACUGGGAGGAAGCUGAAAGCCCUCAAGUCCUGUCUGCAGUGUCUGAUCUCUUACUGUGAGAAACACCUCCAGCCUCAUUAUGAUGUAGGUCCAUUAAAGAAACACAAGCUGGUCGACCCCUCGGAGAAGCUCCAGGAGAACAUCUGCUCUCGUCAUGAUGAGGUGAUGAAGAUGUUCUGCCGUACUGAUCAGCAGAGUAUCUGUUAUCUCUGCUCUGUGGAUGAACAUAAAGGCCACGACACAGUCUCAGCUGCAGCAGAAAGGACUGAGAGGCAGAGAGAGCUCGAGGUGAGUCGACAACAAAUCCAGCAGAGAAUCCAGGACAGAGAGAAAGAUGUGAAGAUGCUUCAACAGGAGGUGGAGGCCGUCAGUCGCUCUGCUGAUAAAGCAGUGGAGGAUAGUGAGAAGAUCUUCACUGAGCUGAUCCGUCUCCUCCAGAAAAGAAGCUCUGAUGUGAAGCAGCAGAUCAGAUCCCAGCAGGAAACUGAAGUGAGUCCAGUCAAAGAGCUUCAGGAGAAGCUGGAGCAGGAGAUCACUGAGCUGAAGAGGAAAGACGCUGAACUGAAGCAGCUUUCAUACACAGAGGAUCACAACCAGUUUCUACACAACUACCCCUCACUGUCACAACUCAGUGCAUCUACAGACUCAUCCAGCAUCAAUAUCCGUCCUCUGAGACACUUUGAGGAUGUGACAGCAGCUGUGUCAGAGCUCAGAGAUCAACUACAGGACGUCCUGACGGAGAAAAGGACAAACAUCUCACCAACAGGGACUGAAGUGGAGGUUUUACUGCCACAACCAGAACCAAAGACCAGAGCUGGAUUCUUAAAAUAUUCACGUGAAAUCACCCUGGAUCCAAACACAGCACACACACAGCUGUUAUUAUCUGAUGGAAACAGAAAAGCACAACAAACAAGUCAACACCAGAUUUACUCUAGUCACUUGAACAGAUUCACUGAUUGGUGUCAGGUCCUGAGUAGCGAGAGUCUGACUGGACGUUGUUACUGGGAGGUGGAGUGGAGCAGGGCAGGAGUUGAGGUAGCAGUCGCAUACAAGAAUAUCAGCAGAGAAGGACGCUUGGAUGAAUGUCGAUUUGGACGUAAUGACAAAUCUUGGUCUUUAGAUCUUUCCAAUUAUAAACUUUGGUUCAACAACAUCUCAACUUCCGUCUCAACUCCUCGUUCCUCCAGAGUAGGAGUGUACCUGGAUCACACAGCAGGUAUUCUGUCCUUCUACAGUGUCUUUGAAACCAUGACUCUCCUCCACAGAGUCCAGACCACAUUCACUCAGCCUCUGCAUGUUGGACUUUGGUUUUAUUCUAAUGGAGUCAAUGCUGAGUUGUGUAAACUCAAAUAGACAGAAGUCAUUUCAGACUUCAU